CUGUUUAUUAUGCAUAACAUUGGCAACAAGAACUACAUUUAUACACAACCAACAGGAUUGUUUUUAAUAGACGUAAUAGACAAAUGAUUCUAAGUGUCGAUGAAUGAUGCAACUAUGGGAAAGGAAAUAGAUGCAAUGUAGUUUUACUCCUAUAUUUCGUGUUUCGUUGUUUAACCAAAGAGGUCGGAGAACUAAAUUAAAGAUAAACAAGGUGUUACAUGUCCAACAGACAAUGAAGUCUUGCGUCCAGGUUUUACACGUUCCAUGUUGUCUAGCCAUCUUGUUACUUGUUUACUGUUCUUUGUGGAUGGUAGACAGCGAUCCUACGUGCUCACGUGAACCAGUACGCUUUAAACGUGUUUUGUGCUUCGAGGAUUUUCGCGCCAGAGAACUAGACGUGUACAAUGUGAGUAGGAAUACAUUUUCCACAUGCGUCAAGGACUGCGCGGAGAACCAACAAUGCAGGUCUGCUUUAUUCGACAGCCGCCAUGACACUUGUACAUUUUAUCGUGAGAAACUCUCAAAUAAUUACAGUGUGGACGGAAAUUCAAUCACUGGGCUAAAGUAUUUUAUGAUGUAUUAUAAACUAGACGACUGUGAUUCUUCGCCACAACCUGAAUGUUACCGUGUUGUCAACGGACACGUGGUGUAUGCCGGGAGAAAGAUGACCACCGAAUCUGGAAUCACGUGUCAGAGAUUUGACCAGCAAACACCACACGAACACAGUCGAACCAACCCGGCUAGUUAUCCAGACGCAUCUCUUGCUGCAGCAGAAAACUUCUGUAGAGAUCCUGAUGGAGAAGGCUUUCCGUGGUGUUACACGAUGGAUCCAGACAUCCGAUUUCGUUCAUGCGGGAUUCCUCUGUUGAAACAAAAUAAGAAAUAAAGCUAUGUAUGGACUUUCGAACAGCCAUGCUUACUUUGCUGAUGCUAUGCUUGCUGCUGUAUACAAUUUAUUUCGGGGUUCUUAAUAGUUCUGGUUCCCUGUGCACACUGGAUCGAGAUUGUGUUUGUGUAGACCGGAUAUUUCUGUCUCUGUAAAGCUUUAUUUCAUGUUUUAUAUAUAUAUAUUUUUAAUGAUCUGUCUGUUGUAAAAGCCAUUGAACAUAUGAUAUAAAUAUAAAAUAAACAAAUCAUAAAUAUAAAAGAUAUUCGGUCUAGUGUCAGUAUGACUUCCUCUUUGAUAAAACUAUUAAUGCGCGCAGACCUUUCGCUUAUUACUGCAAAACGGAUUUACAUGUUAUUACAUUAGAAGGCGUCCAUUUUGUAAACAUUAAACGGUUUUUUGUUGU